AAACUAUGAACGACACUUCGCAGAAACUGUGAGCGAGUGUCGUUUUUUACUUCACUCACUGCGCACGCGACACCUGUCCCGAGCAACAGUCGUGUAUAUGAGUAGCACCCUCGCCCGGAACAGAAGCUGGCGGGCAAUACAAACUCGUUGAAGCGAAAGAGAGGAGAGAGAGAGAGAGAGAGUGUAGGAAGAAAAUGGAAGACGACGGAGGAGAGAGGUCGAGCAUCGUCGUCGGUCUCAUCGAGAACAGAGCCAAGGAGGUUGGAGUGGCAGCUUUUGAUUUAAGAUUAGCUUCUCUGCAUCUUUCUCAAUAUAUUGAAACUAGCAGUUCAUAUCAGAAUACGAAAACCUUGCUGCAAUUCUAUGAUCCUAUGGUGAUUAUUGUUUCACCGAACAAGCUGGCACCUGAUGGUAUGGUUGGAGUUUCAGAGUUGGUGGACAGAUUUUAUGCUACAGUCAAGAAGGUUGUAAUGGCCCGUGGUUGCUUCGACGACACUAAGGGUGCCGUACUGAUUAAAAAUCUAGCAGCCAAGGAACCAUCAGCACUAGGAUUGGAUACUUAUUACAAGCAGUAUUACCUCUGCUUAGCUGCUGCUGCAGCUACAAUUAAGUGGAUAGAAGCAGAGAAAGGAGUCAUUGUCACAAACCACUCACUUGUGGUCACUUUUAAUGGAUCAUUUGCUCAUAUGAAUAUUGAUGCGACUAGUGUCCAAAACUUGGAAAUCAUUGAGCCACUUCAUUCGACACUUUGGGGCACCAGCAACAAGAAAAGAAGUUUAUUAAACAUGUUUAAGACAACAAAAACAGUUGGAGGGUAUGAGGGGCUGGUUCACUGUAGUAUUAUCCAGGAUUUCAUGUCCAGACUUCUUCGUGCCAAUCUUUUGCAGCCUUUAAAAGAUAUUGAAACUAUAAAUGCUCGUCUAGAUUGCCUGGAUGAGCUCAUGAGCAACGAACAGCUGUUCUUUGGACUAGCUCAGGUUCUGCGUAAAUUUCCAAAAGAGAGUGAUAGGGUACUUUGUCACUUUUGCUUCAAGCCAAAGAAAAUUACAAACAAAGUUGUGGGUGUUGAUUGUGCUAGAAAAAGCCAAGUGUUGGUUUCAAGUAUCAUUCUUCUGAAAACUGCUCUGGAUGCCUUGCCUUUACUCUCAAAGGUUCUUAAAGAUGCAAAGUGUUUUCUUCUUGCAAAUGUUUACCAGUCUGUAUGUGAAAAUGAGAAGUAUGCUGCCAUUAGAAAGAGGAUUGGAGAGGUUAUUGAUGAGGAUGUGCUUCAUGCACGGGUUUCAUUUGUAGCCCGCACACAGCAGUGUUUUGCUGUCAAAGCUGGAAUCGAUGGACUCUUGGAUAUUGCACGGAGAUCAUUUUGUGAUACUAGUGAAGCUAUACAUAAUCUUGCUAACAAGUAUCGUGAAGAUUUCAAGUUGCCCAAUCUGAAACUCCCGUUUAACAAUAGGCAAGGGUUCUACUUUAGCAUUCCACAUAAGGACAUUCAAGGGAAACUUCCUAGCCAGUUCAUUCAGGUAUUGAAACAUGGGAAUAAUAUACACUGCUCAACCUUGGAGCUUGCUUCUCUAAACGUUAGAAAUAAGUCUGCAGCUGCAGAAUGCUACGUACGUACAGAAGUUUGCCUAGAAGAAUUAGUAGAUGCCAUACGAGAGGAUGUUUCUGUACUCACACUGCUGGCAGAGGUCUUAUGCCUUUUGGAUAUGAUUGUUAAUUCAUUUGCACAUGCCAUUUCCACAAAGCCUGCUGAUCGUUAUACUAGACCCGAAUUCACAGAUAAUGGCCCAAUAGCAAUUGAUGCUGGAAGACACCCUAUCCUAGAGACUAUACACAAUGACUUUGUUCCCAACAAUAUCUUUUUAUCAGAGGCAUCAAACAUGGUGCUCAUCAUGGGCCCAAACAUGAGUGGAAAGAGCACUUAUCUUCAACAAGUGUGUCUUAUAGUUAUUCUUGCUCAGAUGGGUUGCUAUGUACCUGCUCGCUUUGCAACUCUAAGGGUUGUUGAUCGUUUAUUUACAAGGAUGGGUGCAGUAGAUAAUCUUGAAUCGAACUCUAGUACAUUCAUGACAGAAAUGAAAGAAACAGCUUUUAUCAUGCAAAAUGUCUCCCAGAGGAGUUUGGUUAUCAUGGAUGAACUUGGGAGGGCCACAUCUUCCUCUGAUGGAUUUGCAAUUGCUUGGAGCUGCUGCGAACAUUUAUUAUCACUGAAAGCGUACACAAUAUUUGCUACUCAUAUGGAGAACCUAUCUGAACUAGUAACCAUCUACCCAAAUGUGAAGAUACUUCACUUUGACGUUGAUAUUAAAAAUAAUCGUUUAGAGUUCAAGUUUCAACUGAAGGAUGGGCCGAGACAUGUUCCACACUAUGGUCUUUUGUUAGCAGAAGUGGCAGGAUUACCAAGCUCUGUGAUGGAAACAGCCAGAAACAUCACAUCCAGGAUGACAGAGAAGGAAGUGAAGAGGAUGGAAGUAAACUGCCUGCAAUACCAUCCAGUCCAGAUGGCUUACCACGUUGCACAGCGGCUGAUAUGUUUGAAGUACUCGAGCCAAGAUGAGGAUUCGAUCAGAGAAGCACUACAUAAUUUGAAAGAGAGCUACAUUCAUGGAAUGCUGUAGACCGCAGAAACCCACAUUACUGUAAAUAUACCGUGCCGAAAGAAGUUGUAUUCAAAAAUCCAUGAACCUGCCGAGGGCUGAGGUUAUAUUCUUCCUCUUUUCUGUUAUAUGCUCGUAAGUUACUUUGGAGGUUUUUUUCACACUGUACUCGUAAGCUGCGGGUUCAACUAAUAUCCCACAAAGAAAGUGUUCUCGAUGACUCAGAUAUUGAUUUGUGUACAUACACGCAAUUUUGGAGCA